ACUAAAAUUUUGGCUCUUUAUAGAUAGGUAUAGAGGUAUAGAUUAAUUAUACAAUAAAAAUAUCAAUACAUGUUGGACUUCGUGGAAAUUGGAAAAUAGGACGGAGGGUAUUGUAUAUAUUGGCGGGUACAGUGUAGCUACUAGCUAGACGUGUGGCUUCCACCCGUACUGAUCGCUCCUCACCCUCACCUGUCACCUCUUUCUAUAGGCUCCAAUACUCCACUGGUCCAGGAUCGAACACGCACCACCAUGCCGCCCGGCGGAGGAGGCAACCGCGACGCCGCGCCGGCCAUGCACGUGCUGAUGCUCCCGUGGCUCGCCUUCGGCCACAUCGUCCCGUUCGCGCAGCUAGCACGGAGGCUGCUGGCCUCCUCCUCCUCCGUCCGCGUCACGUUCGUCACGGCCGCCGGGAACGUCCCGCGCGUCGAGGCCAUGCUAUCCUCGGCCUCCUCGUCCGCCGGCGGCAGGGUGUCCAUCGUGCCGCUGCGCCUGCCCCACGUGCCGGGCCUUCCCGAGGGCGCCGCCAGCACGGCGGAGCUCUCGCUCGACGGCGCCGAGCUGCUCAAGGUCGCGCUGGACGGCGCCCGGCCCCAGGUGGCCGCGCUGCUAGCCGAGCUCCGGCCGGACGCCGUGCUGCUCGACUUCGCCACCCCGUGGGCCGCCGACGACGCCGCGGCGCUGGGCGUCAAGUCUCUCCAAUUCAGCGUCUUCUCCGCCAUCGCGGGCGCCUACCUCGUCGUCCCCGCGCGCCGCCCCGAGGGGGCCUCCCCGCCGCCAUCGGCGCGCGACCUCAUGUCCGGCCCCGCAGGCUUUCCCGCCUCCUCCCCGCUCGCCGCCACCGGCGUUCCGGCGUACCAGGCCGCCGACUUCACCUACGUGUUCACCAGCUUCGGCGGCCAGCCCUGUGUCUACGAACGCGUGGUGGCCGGCAUCCGGGCCUGCGACGGCGUCGUGCUCAAGACCUGCGCCGACAUGGAGGCCGCGUACGUCGACUACCUCGCCGCGCAGUUCCGGAAGCCCGUGCUGACGGCGGGGCCGCUGGUGCCGGACCCGCCGCGCGGCGACGAGCUGCUGGACGAGCGCUGGGCCACCUGGCUGUCCGCGUUCCCGGACGGCGCCGUGGUCUUCGCGUCGUUCGGCAGCGAGACGUUCCUGCCGCCCGCCGCGGCGACGGAGCUCCUGCUGGGCCUGGAGGCCACCGGCCGCCCGUUCCUCGCCGUGCUCAACUCCCCUGACGACGGCGGCGGUGCGGCCGUCGUCGUCACGCCGCCGGGGUUUAAGGAGAGGGUGUCCGGGAGAGGAAUCGUGCACAGCGGGUGGGUGCAGCAGCAGCACAUCCUGCGCCACCGCAGCGUGGGUUGCUACGUGACCCACGCCGGGUUCAGCUCCGUCGUCGAGGGGCUCGUCGCCGGCUGCCGCCUCGUGCUGCUGCCCAUGAAGGGCGACCAGUACCUGAACGCGGCGCUGUUCGCGCGCGAGCUCCGCGUGGGCGUCGAGGUGGCGCGCCGCGACGAGGACGGGUGGUUCGGGCGCCACGACGUGUGCGACGCGGUCGCCGCGGCGGUGGCGAACGACGGAGGCGGAGGAGACGACGCGAGGAAGAAGUGGACCGACUUCUUCACGGACGACGCCGUGCAGGGGAAGUUCGCCGACGAGUUCGUCCGGCAGCUCAGGGAGAUCGUCAGCACGGCACCGAGCUGAUGAGACGAUCGAGACCUCGUGCUGUGCACUUCUUUGUCUUUAUUAUUCUCUCGUGGAACGCGCUGUCAAACUGUGAUCACUGUUGUGGACUUGUAGUACGUUUUUUUUUUCCGUGUCCAAGUUUCAUAUGUACUAUCUUUCUUGAUAUUUAGUCAAUAAUCCACGUUCGUAAAUUAA